CUUCUGCACACUCUCUUGUUUCAUUCCGCCGUCCCCGUCGCCUCCUUGUUCGGUGAAAUCUACCCUCCUCGAAAUUUCCGAAGACUACCCAAAACCGCAUUUCACCAAAAGCUCGAUCCUUUAGCCUUUAAUCUUCAGUGGACUGUUAUGUCCGAGAUGACAUCAAGAACCGCUGACAUCAUGCGCGUAAGCUCGCAUCGCGAAGUCUACGAGCCCUGUGACGAUUCAUUUGCUCUAGUCGACGCAUUACUCGCUGACCAAACCAACCUUAUAAACCACAACCCUAAGCUUUGUAUGGAGAUUGGCUGCGGAAGCGGAUACGUCAUCACUUCACUCAUCCUUCUCCUCAAAGAGAAGCUUCCCAAUGUUCAUUACCUAGCCACCGACACAAACCCGAUCGCUGCAAGAGUGACAAACGAGACUUUACAAGCUCAUGGUGUCUCUGCUGAGGUUGUCUGCACGGACAUAGCUUCUUGCUUAGAGGAGAGACUCGCUGGGUUGGUAGAUGUGAUGGUGGUGAACCCUCCUUACGUUCCGACGCCUGAGUAUGAAGUUGGUAUGGAAGGUAUAGCCUCUGCUUGGGCUGGAGGGGAGAAUGGGAGGAGUGUUAUCGAUAGAGUCUUGCCUGUUGUUGAUCGUUUGCUUUCUGAGAAGGGGUGGUUUUAUUUGGUGACUUUGACUUCGAAUUACCCGUCGGAGAUUUGUUUGGUGAUGAGGAAGAGAGGUUAUGCGUCGAGGAUCGUGGUGCAGAGGUCGACUGAAGAGGAGAAUCUUAUUAUACUUAAGUUCUGGAGAGAUAAAGAUGAGGAGGGUGUGGAUAAGGAGACGUCAUCAGAAUCGUUUAUGAAGCAGUUUUCGAGGUCUUUGUCAUCUUUUAUGGAGAAACAAUGGAGGUGAAAUGAUCUCAGGAGCAUUCUUUGUUACCACAACUUGCCACCAUUUUGAAAAGACUCCUUUAAAGUCUCUAUUAACCGUGAAUUUUCUAGUGUUCGAUUGUUAAUGAAAAUCCGGUUCUGUGUUGGUC